CAACGAGAAGGGGGGAGGAAAAACAAAAAAAACCUUUCUUGGUAGCCCCACCAGCAUUUUACGUUCCGAGACGCCGAAGUUGUGACGAAUUGAUCGUGUGCGUUUUUUUUCUUCCUUGAUCGUGUCGCCAGCAGUCCGCUAAUAUUCCGCUGAAUGGCUGGCGUCCAUUGCGAUUCCACCGACAUCGUUGGGAAGCAAGAGUGCGUUGUUUAGAGCAGCAGAAAUCCAACGAUGGAGCAGCUGGUGCUGGGCCUCUUUCAGGAGCAGCUGUCGAAGGUGCGUAGCAUCGGUCUCGGCGGCGGAGGCGGAGGCAGCCGAACCCACAACGGUGGUUUCUGCUGGAAUACUCAAAGUGAACCCGCGACCCAAUUCUCCCUCAAACUCAAAAUCCUCUUUUUUCCUUAUGGUUGUUGGGUGUGUCUUCUUGCAGGUCAUCAUAGGCUUUCGAAAAGAGCAAGUAAAUGCUAAUCUUUUGAAUGGAAAGGGUGAAAUCCGGGACGUCAACCUCAAUUGUUCCUUGCUCAACGAAUCAUUCGCUAGACUCUUUCCUUAUGUUCGACUCGAGGAGAUCCAUGUGAGCCGGAUCGGCUUCCACGUCACCUCGUGGACCAAUCUGCGAAGGGCACCCAUCAUCGUCGACAUUGGUCACGUGAUCGCCAGGGUGGAGGAGCCCCUGGGCCUCCUUCCCCCCAGCGAGCUGAAAGUCAUCCAGAUCAUUACGGAAAGCGAGCUAAUAAAGCGGUUGUCCGAGGGUUUCGUGCCGUUCAGUGUCGGAAGUUCGUAUGGCUUGGCGGAUCGGAUAGUCGACAACAUGGUGGUCGAUCUGGAAUCGUUCCGACUGGAAUUUCAAACCUAUGGAAAAUUCAAAACCAGGCGACCGGGACCAUGGAUGCCGCCCCUGCUCCAAAUAGAAAUGAAACACAUAAAAGCAUGCAUGGUAGAUCCCGAGGGCUGCGAGGGCACCCCCGAUCGUGUAUGGGCCCACAACCAGGGCCGCAGAGACAACUUCUUGAUCUACAGAAAGGUACAGGGGGAAUGCAAGAUACGGCUUUCGCCCCAGGAUCCGAGCCUCAACGAGCAAGAAAACGGCGAAUCGUACCGGGACAUUGCAAGCCUGAAACUGGAGAUCCAAAUCGCCACGGAACGCCGGUUGCGAGACGGUGCGGUCAUGGCGUGCCAGUUCGACGUGACAAUACCCGAAGUGGACGUCGACGUCGACUCGAGGGAUGUUCGUCAACUGGCACACUUUGCUUCCGGACUGCAAUAUUGUUUGGCAAAAGACAGAUCGUUCGAAGAUCCUUUGAAGCCUUUCGUCAAGAAAGACGAUCUGUCGUCGUCGUUGUCCUCGUCGUCGUCUCCGGAGUUAUCGGGGGACUCGGACGACUCUAGGGAAAUUAAAGACGACUUUGAUAGCGACUCACUGGACGACUCUUAUAGUGGUACAGGCGAUGCAAGCUCGGCCGAGGAGGACGGAUCGGUCUCUUCGCGAGACAGCGCCGAUGAAGGUGCCGGAGCCGAAGAUUCCUCCGUUGCGAAGGAAGGGUCGUCGUCUACGCACCGCAGCUCGACUCCGUCGGCAAAGGACCGACGAAGGUUCGAGCGAUCGGUGAUCGUGCUGCCCAACAACCAAAUCAUAUACAACAGCGUAACCAUGACGUGUUCGAUCCACGACAUUGUGCUGAGGGGGUCUUACCAGGGCAACGGGGAAAAUGCUUAUCUCGAAUGCGUCGCAAAGGGUUUCGUCGCCGAGGCCAUCUGGCCGAAAAGCAACACGGAACGAGGCAUGUAUGUGCAGCUUUCGACAUCCUUUGUGUCGAUACAAGAACGCAUCGGCCAUCACAAAAGAACACUGUUGUUGGGCGGGAUGCAACGGGACGACCAUCUUUCCCGCCACCUGCCCUCGCCCAAGCCACGGGAAGUGUGUGUCGACGAUUUUUUCCCGUUGUUCGAACGAAGGAGUCUUCGAGACGAUCCUCUCGAUGUACGGCAUUUGUUCCCCACCCAAGCAUUUGGGCUCAAGACGACAAUCGACUUUCUGGAGGACAAGGACGAUGUCACGCUUGGCAGUUUUAUUGUUUACCACGAGGUGGGUGUGAAUGAGAUGGACAUUGUUCUCGAUACGGCUGUCUUUCUUCGAAUAACAAGAUUCAUCAUGGGCAUGGACGGACAAGGGUUCGACCCACGGUGGGAUACAGGAGAUUGGAUCGACCUGUUGACUCCCGACAUGUUGUGCAAUCCAUCCGAGACCCUGCACCUCGACGAAUGCAUCCAAGAAUGCACGCAGAUCUUUUUAGACGAGAACCUGAUGAUUUCCUCCGACCUCUUGAACAUAACUGCCCGGUUCGCGAACAUGGAAAUGCGCAUUCCCUCUGCGGUUCAAGAGAGUUUGAGGUCGUGCGACAUCACACUCAAGUGGAAGGAAACCACAUUCGUUGUCUCCUCGGCUCUUCCUCGCACUUUUUUGACCGGUCGAAUCGGGAAUUCCAUAAGCGGAGACGACCGACCGGAUGGUGCAACGGAAUUGAUUGACUUUCCAAACGAUCCGUCCGACAUAUGUUACAAAUACAAGGACGGCUUGGCGGGGCAGGGCAUCUCGACGUUUCGGUUGCAACUCACGACGCUUGGGUUCGAAGUCAACAUCGUUCCCGUUGUUCCUUUUUGCACGGCACCAGAGCCGCAAAAGUUCGUUGCUAUCGGUGAAUCCACCUCUAUUUUCUGCUUUGAAGGAAAGGCUCCUACAACGGGGAAAAACAAGACCAAAAUCACUGUGUUUCUUUCGGUUCUGAUUCAGGAACUUAUUCUGAACAUCGAUUUCGAUUUAUUGGCCGGAGCAACUUGUACGCUAUUGUUUCACAAGAAAAACAUUGUCGACAUUAUAGAAAUAUUCGGUGACUCCAUCAUCCGUUCUCGGGAUGCGCCACCAGAUACUAAUAAGAUCAAGAAGGGCAUGAGAGGUCGAAGGGUUCUUGCGAGACGCCACAUGGCGCAAAGCCGAGAGACCGGGGGCCUCGUCGUCAUCUUUUGCCUGCAGCAGAGACAUUUUCGGCUGAAAGUUUGGCGGCAGAACGUGCCGGUAAGAAGCCCCCUGCGUGACAACUUACGGUCAGCAAAUGGUUCUACGAACCAACACAAGGAAGAAUUCAUCGACCUCUUAGCAAUUGUCGACUACGGCAUGAGAGACCUCGAAAUUGGUAUUGAAUUUGACUUCCACUCGAAAUCUGGCCAUCGGACUGUGAUGAAGUCGUACAUCACGAGCGCAAACUUGAAAGUUGUCGAUCUCGCAAGAGAGAUCGAGAACAACGUGUGUCGUAGUCGUGAAGGAACGGCAAAAGAAGACGAGAGUGCGCAACCCGAUCUUAAAGAUUUGUGUUCUUUUGGAAGUGAGCAAUUGCCCUGUGGAUUGGAACCAUCUGGUAGAGCUCAGCACUUUGCUUUCCGAUUGGAAGCUCAUCACAAAAAUAAUUCUCAGUCUUGGUCUAUGGCGGCCGAUGUUUCCGCACCUUCGACAGUAAACCUCGACGCGGAAGCAUUCAGAAAUGCAACCCUGCUGAUUAUUGAGGCUUUGCUGUUACCUUCAUGGUCAAAGGACCCGAUCAUGGAAAAUAAAACAUCUGUUUUCCCUCCGAAUACCGUUGGAGCGUUGUUUGAUUCGGUUGUAGCAGAGUUGGUAGGAGACCAAAGUGUUGCCUUUUUGGAUUUGGACAGUAUUGAAAUCGAUACUAAUUCAUGUGAGCCCAUCGUGGAACGCGUGCUUCGAUCAAUAUGCAAGAUGUUCUUCCCCUCGAACUUGCAAGUAAUUCUCCUGCGAGCCGAGAUAGCGAACCUUAUGAUUAGCAUACCAUCUGAGAAUAACGGCGAAGAGAAAAAGAAAAGCAAGCUCAGCUUUCUAUUGAAUAUGACAGAUUUGAUUACAAGAUUUUACCCCAUCCAUGGGUCACCACCAAGCGAGAUUGAGCAGGUAUUAGCAUGCAAAGGAACAGAUUGGUCAACAUUGAUCAAUACAGACAAAGCGGGUUUCUAUCAAUCUAUUUUCUCGAGGCAAAGCCUAUUUUCUAUGACCGAAGAAGAAGAUGGUGAUAUUCUUGAGAGGGUGGUACAUCCUUUUGAAAUCAGACUAACUUACUCAGGUGCUUCGGUAGAUCUCUCGAUGAACAAAGGCAUCAUGAUUGAUGACAUACGCCUGAUUGAAAACAUUCAAUCAAGAUUGAAAUCUGCAGUUGAGAUUUCUUCAGAAAGAUUUGCUGAAAUUUGGACCGUUUUGAGAGCAAUCUUGGACCGCGAUGCAACGAAAAGAUCUGCAUCAGAAUUGCCCAUAACAUCCUCGGGAGUAAAUAAAUUGAACGGUGGAACGAAGGGUCAGAGAAAAUCUUCUGUUGUCUUCGAGAUACGAAAACUUCUUGAGAAGGCAAACGACGAAUUCAGUCGCUAUGAAUGUGACGUUCGGAAUAGCAUGAAAAAAAAGGAUGAUGAGUUGGAGUCAAUGAAAAUCAAGCUAUUCAACAAAGAAAGGGAGCGCUUUGGUGCAUUGUCAUUGAUAUCAUCUCGUGUGGCCGGGUGGGUUCGAAUGGGGGGCCAACACCGCUCAGGACAGAGAGCAGUGAAAAAGUCGAUGCUCUGGCCGUUUUGGGCAAUUCUUCGAAAAGAACUUCUUAUUCUGUACUCGCGUCCAGGGGAGCCAAAGCCAUCUGACAUCAUCUCGUUGGUAAAUGCUAAAAUACAUGCGCUUUCCGGUGGGAACAGUAAACAGGAUACCAAGAGAGCUUUUGGAAUUGUUGAGAGCUCUGGUAUGAUACGCUACUUUGUAACAGGCAAUGCACAGGAAUAUGAGCUCUGGACAAGGGAAAUAAAUUUUGCAAUUCUGUCUUUCAGUGACGCGACUAUCCAAUCAUCUAGCGAAAACGCGAUUGAUGAUAAUGCGUCACAGUCUGUUGGAAUAGGAGACCAGAAUGAUAAUCCUGUGAGAGCUAGCAUAAGAAAUAGUGGGAUCGGAAACAGGUUAUCGUCGGCAUUUCAAUCUGCAAGAUUCAGAAGAGGAGAGAUGACCGACCAAACGCAGUCCGCAUCCUCUAUGGAUCAAUCAAAUCACGACGAUGAUUCAUCGGUAUUGCCAAAUGCUGUUGUGGAAGAUUCAGAAGCAGACGAUGGACGUAGCACAACACCUACCCUGGAUUCGAGCUCGACCACAUCGAGAAGAGCAGAGUUUGGCAAAAAGCUUUCAGGAGUUGGGCAGGUCACGAAAAAUCGACUUGGAUCUGCACUGAUGAAUGUGCGUCAAAAAGGGGCCGAGAUUUCAAGACGAAAUCUUGAGUACAAUCCUUUGAGCUUUUCAGAGGCAGACGAGAGCGUCGAGGAGGAACUUGGUUCUGCUGCUGCCGACGCAUCGACAGACACUAGAAAUUCGUCGAGAGGCGUAGAACCUUCAAGAGAUUCGACAUAUUCCUUGUCGUCCAGCUUUCGAAACAGAGAUACUGCUAGACAGGAUGUGACGAAUAGACGUGGCUCGCGAUUCAGUUUUCGGAGGCAGCAAGACGAUUCACUAGAUGACUCCUUGUUUGGGGGUGAAUUAUUGACGUUGAAAAAUAUUUACAUUGAUGAAAGGAACAGCCCCCCGGUCAACGCAUUGGAUCAACAGGUGAAGCCAUUGAAGGUUUUCAAAGAGAAGUGGAUUGUGGUGGUUAGUGAGAUUGAAAAUAGUGCUGCAUCUACACUUAUGGAAACUUCUACGGAGUCUCCUGUUACAUCGAUGGGACAAGCUGAGGAGACGUCUCAAAAUAAGCAUCCUGAAAGUAGCAACGAGGAAGUGGAUAUUGAACGAACCGAUUCCGAUGAUCAUCCGAAAAGCAAACGGUAUUUCCCUCGUUUUGUAGUCAAGGUUUCGCAAAUAAAAUCUGUGAAAGCUGAAGAAGGUUUAAUCGUCAAGCAAUGGAGCUUUGGAGACGUACUAAAGUUGUACUCGAACGUCUCCGAAGCGAUCGAAGCUGACUUGCCACGUCUUGUUGGAAAAUACUCCUAUGGCACGGAUCAAGCAUGUACCCCCUCCGCUGGAAGACCGCCCAGUGCAGUUCAGGCCGAAAAGGUGAUUUCAUGGGGGCGGGUGCUCGGAGGGCUUCUUGCUGCUGCAGAUCAUGAAGACUGCACCCAAGGCCUUCGACAAUACCAAUGCGAAUGCAUUGAAAACUUCUUGAACAGCUUGCUCGAAUGUCCCCUUCCCAUCGACGCCAUCAUGUUGUUGUCGGAAAGUCUAGGUAUAGACUGUGCAACGAAAAGCAUUGAAUCUACCAUUGAAACUGAUGAGAGCAAUAUCUGCGCUAGCGAAUCUGUCGACGACUGCGAAGACUCUGAUACACCGAAACAGGACGUGUUCGAAAAGGUUGAAACACCGAAAAUCCCAGCGCGAAAUCUUGGUGGAAGUGUUUUGAGUCUACUAUCGUCUUGCGAUGCCGAACUUCAGCAAUUCGAAACCAAGAAUGGAACGGUGGGAGAAAUCCAAGACCCUCAAGCUGCCACGAAUACCGAGGCUGCCGCCAUUUUUCGACCUAUAGUGUACGAUCCCUUGAUCCCUCCGUCGCUGACCGAUCAGGUCCACGAGUCGCUUCACCAAGCCCUGUCGAACGUCAUUAUCGAACGCGACGAGAUCCACGCACAGCUCAUUGGCACGAACGUAAUGCACACCCAUAUCCUGGAACGAAUGCGGAAGAAAAUCGAGCGGCUCGAACUUUCCGCGACGUUCAGCCAGGAGAUUGCCCGGGUGCAGCGGCUGCAAGACCUGCAAACCCCCAACCUUGCGAACAUGUUCGGAAAGGCCGACUAUCGUGUCGAGAUGCUGCGGAACGAGAUCGAUCGAAAAAUCGAAAAGGUCCACCACGUCAUCCGAAACGACGACGGCGAUGCCGAGAUGAUGCAGCUGUGCAGCCAGCUGGCCGGCGAAAUCGCCACCCGGACCUCCAACGAGCUCGAGAUCCAGCGCCUGCAGACCGUCCGAGAGACGGAGCGCAAAACCGAGGCCGCGGAACAGGAGGCCCUCCGGGCCGAGCUCUUGGCCGCGAGGGCAUUACUCGAACGCGAGCGAACGGAAACGGCCCACUGGAAAUUGCUGUACGAGCAAUGCCAGGCCAACAACAAAGACGCAUAGUAGCAUUAGCAUUAGCAAUAGCAAUAGCAAUGGCAAUGGCAAUGGCAAUGGCAAUGCAGAAAUUGGAUAUUUG